AAGAGGAGAGGUUGUUAUGGUUAACUUAAAUGCAACAGGAAAUGAACAACAUAUUAAACUUAUAAGAUAUGCUUCAGAUGAUAAUGAUAUACCAAUUUUGUAUUGGCCUGGAGUAAUACUAGAAACUAGGAAAGUUCCAAUAACCGAUAAUAUAUCUGACGACACGACCUCGAUAAAUUCUGAUGAUUAUAAUGUUGUCUAUAAAGCUUAUUACAAAAUUCAUUUAUUGGAAUUAUCUGAUAUUGUUCAAGUUGAUCGCAAAUCAUUGUUGCCGUGGUUAGUUUGUAGAGUAGAAAUUCCGGAAGGAUUUAAUAAAAAUGAAGAAUUAGAACCGAAUGUUAAAACAUAUGUUCGGGCUAUUGAUCGAGUGAAUAAGAUUUCUCACACGUAUACUCCAGUGUGUUCAUACAAACAUAAAGAAGCCAAAGAUUCAUCAGAAAAAUUGCGAUUGCAGAAAUAUAAUGCCAUCCUAUUGGGAACGGAAAUGAUUUAUAGAAAUGAUUACAUUCGUUUAACUCCUGUAGACGUUAAUGAGAAAUAUAAUAAUGGUCAAAAAGUGCCAGAAUAUUUGUUAAUAAGUAAUAUCUAUCAGCAUUCUACAAAGGGCAUCCAAUUCACCGGAGCCGGAUUACUAAGAGGGAUGCUGUAUAAAGGGCAUAGUAAAAAAAGAACUUUGUCAGAUUAUGAGUGGAUUACCGUUAAUGAGCCAGGUUCUGAAUAUACAAUAGAUUUGCAAGAUAUAGCUGGAAGAUUUUAUGUAUUGUUUCCCAAUCUCAUGGAAAAAAUUGAUUGGACCUCUCCAAAAAAAUUAGAUGAAAG